AUGGCUCAAAAAUACCUUACUUUGAAUCGCACAAAUGACAAGAUGCCAAUCAUUGGUUACGGAUGCUGGAAGGUGGAGGAGAACCCCGAGCAAGUUGUGUACACAGCUAUCAAAAAUGGAUAUCGUCUCAUCGAUGGUGCUGCUGUUUACGGCAACGAAGUUGGAGUAGGUCGCGGUAUCAACAGAGCGAUUAAGGAAGGCAUUGUGAAACGUCAAGAUCUCUUUGUCGUCUCCAAGCUCUGGAAUAACUAUCAUAACAAGGCUCACGUUAGAGCUGCUAUUGACAGAACUCUCAAGGAUAUGGAAUUGGACUAUCUUGAUCUCUACAUCAUUCACUUCCCUGUUCCUCUCAAGUACGUUGAUCCUGCUGUCAAGUAUCCUGGUCCGUGGUUUAUCAACGGCAAGGUAGAGCUUGAAAAGUCCCCUAUGCACGAGCUGUGGGCAGAGAUGGAGAAGCUUGUUGAUGCUGGCUUGACGCGUAACAUUGGUAUCUCCAAUUUCAAUGCCCAACUCAUUAUGGACUUGUUGACGUACGCCAAAUAUAAGCCUGCCACUUUGCAAAUUGAGCUUCACCCUUAUCUGCAACAAACAUCUCUUGUCAAGUGGGUUCAAGAGCAAGAUAUUCAGGUCACUGCGUACUCAUCCUUUGGCCCAAGCUCAUACACUGUUUUCUCUGAAUCUGCAAAGACAGCUACUCCUUUGCUGGAUCAUAAUGUGAUCAAGUCUAUCGCGUCCAAGCAUGGAAAGACGCCUGCUCAGGUACUUUUGCGUUGGAGUAUUGAAAGAGAUGUAGCUGUACUUCCCAAAAGUAUGAGCGAAGAUCGUAUCAAGUCCAACUUGGAUGUAUUCUGCUUCAAGUUGGACAAUAAGGAUCAUGAUGAAAUCAAGAAGCUUGAUGAAAACCUUCGUUUCAAUUCUCUCUUUGCAUAUAACAUUAACAUUCCUCUCUUUAAUUAA